ACCGGUCACUCCCCACCGCCAAUGGCCUGCUCGCCCCAACCGGCUGCUCUGGGACUGCCUGUCAAGCCAAGCUCCUCGCGUCUACCGGCUCCCUUAUCACUCAAUAUAUCUUCUCUACUCUACCUUUCUGCAGAAACAGCCUGGCGUUACGUCAGACCCGGGCAAAAACCGCAGGGCAAGCAAGUCGGCGUCUAAGGAGCUAGGCAUUGCUGCCAAACCCGGGUUAAGGCUGCUCACUCACAGCUCAGCGUUCAAUGUCAUUAAAAAGGAACACUUUUAAACCGCGGCAGCAUGUGGUAAGUCAAUUUUUCUCUGAUAAAUUUUUCCAGCCGUUGGGAUUUUGACCGUUUUCACUCACAUGACACUUUGACCAGUGGUCUCUGGCUGGCAUAAUUGCGCAAAAACUGCGGUAACACCGUGUGUUGGAGAUUGUUCAGACAUAGACUAACAAACGUUCAGCCACUUUGAAACCAACAUGACAUGAUGAUGAGGCACCCAAGCUUUUCAACAACCACUUGCAGAGAUUUUUUCUUCAUUUUUUCAAUUUGAGUCUUGAUCAUUUCAAAUACAAACAUGCCUCAUGCUCGAAAUAGGAACCCUAGCCCCAUCCCAGAGGUAACAUGGGAUACGGGAUUGAAGGAGAUGAACGAAACUUGGAAGGGAGCUAUUGCCUGUCUCGGGGUGGCAGUCUUUUUCGUCAUGACCAUUGGGAUCAUAUACUGGCAAGUGGUGGAUCAGCCCAACAAGAACUGGAUCCUAAAGGGGAGUUAUAGCGGGCUAAUCUGGGAGAGACGGACUCACUCUCUGGUCAUACAGACACUGACAGAAGACAAGACCUACGUGGAGAUUGACGUGGGCAACGUGGGGAACCCUGAUAUUGAAGUGCCGUUUGUCAGGAACCUGUGCUGGCUCAAUAAGACGGAGUUCUGCUAUACAUGGGAUUCGGUGGCGGAUGUUAAAAUCUCUUUGGAGGUGAAUGAGGCGACGGAGACGGAGUGUUAUAGCAUGACAUGGGCGCCGGUGCAUUGUCAUGUGGAGCUGAAGGACUGCUUCUCCAUGGCUAACAUGUCGUGGUACGGUGGCGCCAGCGUCCAGAACCAGAGUUGGCCAAUCAACGAGCAGAAUGUCACCAUGCAGCCGUUCACUGUUAGCAACCUCAGGGACAACCCCUCUGGCUUUGGCUCAGUCCUCGAACGCUACUUCCUGGGCUCGUCAGGUGUAGCAGUGCUGGUGUCCCCAGAUGUUCCUCUUCAGGUGGGAAUGGAGAGCCGACAGCAUUUUUGCCUGCAGUCUCCCUCCAGCCUGGAGCGCACCCCGCUUCAGUACACUGUGUGCGUGGGCCACAACAUCAGGGCUGUACACCAGGAGGUGCUGCAGCAGCUCUCAUCGCCCAGCAGGGAGCUGCCCAACAUGGACGUCUUAUGGUUGCCUUUCUGGAAGCUUCUGGCCAGUGUGGACUCAGGGCCAAAGGUAGAGAGGGAGUUGAGGACCUUCUCCAACCGUCUGAGGAGACACCAGCUGGGAGAGGGGGCCAUCAGCCUCAACGAACAUUCCACCGCCCUCCUUGCCGACAUGGACCAUGAUUACCGCACCAGCAGGAAAAGGGGGACAUCCAAGAGACAGACCAGGGACUUCAGGGACCUCUCACUGAUCAAGCUUCUAAACAUUUCCAUCACCCUGUCCCCGUUCCUGAGCGUGGACACCACCCAGUUCCACAAGUCCCUGCUGGACGGCACUGAGGCCUAUUGGCUCAGCCUCCCCGUAGCCCCACAGGGGCGACUGGUGCCUGUGCUGACCCAGUGGCGAGGGAAGUUCUGCGUGAAACUGAACAUCAGCAACCCAGAGGCGGUCAGCUGGUUCCUGGACCGGGUGGGCUUGCUGCAGGCCCGUCUGGGCAUGGAGUACAUCCAUCUGGAGGGGGCGGAGGGGAACCCGCUUGACCUGGGCGGGGGAGACCAGUAUAUUGGCCAACUGGCAGAUGUGGCAGCCAGGAUAGAAGAGUCGGCUAUCAUGAAUGCAGGGACGAGGUCGAGUCACAAGCCUGUGUUUGUGCGGAUGCCUCCUUUGCAGUCUGACUGGAGCUCCUCUGGACUGAAGGGCCUCAUUCCCUCCUUGCUGCACCACACUCUGCUGGGGUACAACUUACUCAUUCCCGACGCAGUAGGUGGUUCUCUAUCUGGGGAGCUGGUGACUGACGAGGAACUGUUCAUCAGGUGGCUGCAGAUUGUAGCCUUCCUCCCCGUCAUCAGCUUUGAGACGCCUCCCUGGGUCUGUGGGGAGGACCGGGUGCUGAACUUGACGCGGGCUCUCAUCGCGUGGCACCAGGACUUUGUGGUUCCACUGGUGACGAGGUAUGCAGAGGACUGGAUGACCUCGGGGAGCCCAAUUUACCGGCCACUGUGGUGGCUCAGCCCUGAUGACCCCGUGACCUUCACCAUUGAUGACCAGUUCCUCAUCGGAGACGAGGUCCUUGUUGCCCCGGUAAUAGAGAGGGGGACAGUACGGAGAAAUAUUUACCUGCCCGACGGGGGCUUUCAGUGGCAGGACAGCCGCAACGCCCAGGUGUUCGACGGGGGAACUCUCUUGGAGGACUACCCUGUCGCCCUCGAGGAGGUCGCCAUUUUCUUACGGAGGAGAUCUUGAGGCUCAAGUCACGUGAUUUAUACGUGACCUAUCCGGAUACUAGUUUUGAAUCCUUUAUUUUCUGUUUGACUCGUGCUGUUCUCAAGUUGCACUUUUCCACAAAGACAAUUGACAGAGGCUCGAGACUUCUUCUUGAGAUUAGAUGUGAAUAUUUUUAUACUUGCACUUUACAAUUCAGAACGAUUUGUAUUUUAUCGACGUCGUUUUCUUCUCUCUUCUUCCUUUUUUAAACUUUAAUCUGUUGUACCUCUCGGCUGAUUGUUUCAGGACUUAUUUUUUGUUUAUUUUAAUCAUUGCUGUUCUUGCUUUUUUUGUAUCUAAGAAAGAAACCUGUGUGUU